AUGUCCUACGAUCCACGGGAACACUUUCAACAGAUCCAGCGGACUCUGCAACAGCGUCGUGGUCAAGGCUUCGGAGGCCUUCCUGGAGGCGGCGCCGCGGGCAGAGGCAUCUUCGCUUUGAUCGGUCUUGGGGUUGCUGGCGUCGUUCUAUCAAAUUCUCUAUUCAAUGUGGAGGGUGGUCAUCGUGCCAUCAAGUACAAGAGAAUAUCCGGAGUGGGAAAAGAAAUCUACAACGAAGGCACCCACAUCCAAAUACCUUGGUUUGAGACGCCCGUUGACUACGACGUUCGAGCGAAGCCACGAAAUGUCGCCUCUCUGACGGGAACAAAAGAUUUACAGAUGGUCAAUAUUACAUGCCGCGUCCUCUCACGACCUCGUAUCGAAGCUCUACCUCAGAUUUACCGGACGCUGGGAACAGACUAUGACGAGCGUGUCCUUCCAUCAAUUGUGAAUGAAGUGCUGAAAAGUGUGGUCGCCCAGUUCAAUGCCAGCCAGCUCAUCACCCAAAGAGAAAAUGUUGCGAGACUGGUCCGGGACAACCUUACGAGGAGAGCGGCGCGAUUCAAUAUUAUGCUGGAUGAUGUUUCGUUGACGCACCUCUCCUUCUCUCCCGAGUUCACUGCUGCCGUUGAAGCCAAGCAAGUUGCUCAACAGGAGGCACAGCGGGCCGCGUUCGUGGUCGACAAAGCGAGGCAGGAGAAGCAGGCAACCGUUGUCCGCGCACAGGGUGAAGCCAGGUCUGCGGAACUAAUUGGCGACGCGAUCAAGAAGAGCAGAAGCUAUGUAGAGCUCCGACAGAUCGAAAACGCUCGCAACAUUGCACAAAUUCUACAAGAAGCUGGAGGAAAGAACAAGUUGUACCUCGAUGCAGAUGGACUUGGGCUUAAUGUCCAUGCUGGAGAGGAAGCUGCUUCGAAGAAAUAA